AUGGAGGGAACAUCUACAUAUGGGGGAACAUCUACACAUGGAGGGAACAUCUACACAUGGAGGGAACAUCUACACAUGGAGGAACAUCUACACAUGGAGGAACAUCUACACAUGGAGGAACAUCUACACAUGGAGGAACAUCUACACAUGGAGGAACAUCUACACAUGGAGGAACAUCUACACAUGGAGGAACAUCUACACAUGGAGGAACAUCUACACAUGGAGGAACAUCUACACAUGGAGGGAACAUCUACACAUGGAGGGAACAUCUACACAUGGAGGAACAUCUACACAUGGAGGAACAUCUACACAUGGAGGAACAUCUACACAUGGAGGAACAUCUACACAUGGAGGGAACAUCUACACAUGGAGGAACAUCUACACAUGGAGGAACAUCUACACAUGGAGGAACAUCUACACAUGGAGGGAACAUCUACACAUGGAGGGACAUCUACACAUGGAGGAACAUCUACACAUGGAGGAACAUCUACACAUGGAGGAACAUCUACACAUGGAGGGAACAUCUACACAUGGAGGAACAUCUACACAUGGAGGAACAUCUACACAUGGAGGAACAUCUACACAUGGAGGAACAUCUACACAUGGAGGGAACAUCUACACAUGGAGGGACAUCUACACAUGGAGGGACAUCUACACAUGGAGGAACAUCUACACAUGGAGGGACAUCUACACAUGGAGGAACAUCUACACAUGGAGGGACAUCUACACAUGGAGGAACAUCUACACAUGGAGGGAACAUCUACACAUGGAGGGAACAUCUACACAUGGAGGGAACAUCUACACAUGGAGGAACAUCUACACAUGCAGGAACAUCUACACAUGGAGGGACAUCUACACAUGGAGGGACAUCUACACAUGGAGGAACAUCUACACAUGGAGGAACAUCUACACAUGGAGGAACAUCUACACAUGGAGGAACAUCUACACAUGGAGGAACAUCUACACAUGGAGGAACAUCUACACAUGGAGGAACAUCUACACAUGGAGGAACAUCUACACAUGGAGGAACAUCUACACAUGGAGGGACAUCUACACAAUAGUAUUGUUGAGAAUACUGACCUGCACAUUUUGUUGGCUUUUUUAUUACUGAUUAUUCGAUCUAUAUAUAAUGUGUCUUUUUUUGUAUAA